AUGAAACAAUACAAUAAAUCAAAGCCUCAUAAAUGGGAUAUUAAAAUGUUUGCAGUGGCUUCUAGUUCUGGUAUCAUUCAAGAUUUUGAAAUAUAUAUGGGAAAAGGAACGAUCAAAUCUACCUCUAAUUUGGGCUUGAGUGGUGAUAUUGUAUUACGUUUGUCAGAUAUUAUACCCAAACAUAAAAAUUAUAAACUGAGUUUUGAUAAUUGGUUUACUUCAUAUAAUUUGAUGUUGAAUUUAAAAAACCUAGGCAUUUUAUCAAUUGAUACUGUUCGAUCAAAUAGAAUAGCAGGGUGCCAAUUUGAAAAUAACAAAGAUCUCAAAAAGACUGGUAGAGGGACAUUUGAUACAAGAAUUGAUACUUCUAAUAGUAUUAUAAGCUUGCCCAAGACCAACGGGACGCCCCGGCUAUCAGCCGGCGGCCAAGUAUCGACGACCAGUCAACGAGCCUUAUCUUCUUCAGAUAACGUUAACCGUAAUAUUAUAAGGAACUACAAAAGUCCAUUCACUCCCAAAAAAAAUAAAAACAAUCAAACAACUUAUUCCGAUUUAAAUAAUCUUCCAAGCAACUCGCACGUGAAUCGUAUACAGAGCGUAUCAAAUGACGUUUUCAAUUCUUCCGAAGAAAUUAAUGAAGAUGGAUUUGUAACUCCAAAAUCAAAAAAACACCUCUAA